UUGACGUUGGAAAGAUGGCUGGAGAAGGCGCUCGCGGGGAGCGAAGCCCGGCGUGCGAGAGCCUGCCUCGCCUUCUCUCCUCUUUCGUGGACGCUUUCGUCGACUUCUCCGUCGGCGGCCUCUUCUUGCCCCCAAACCCUAGCCCCUCAUCUCCAUUAGACCCCAUUCCUACCACCUACCCCUCGCCGGACCGCCUUGUCGCCGUCGGCGAUCUGCACGGCGACCUCCAGAAAUCCAAAGAGGCGCUGAGGCUGGCCGGCCUCAUUGAUUCCUCCGACAGAUGGAUCGGCGGCUCCGCCACCCUGAUCCAGAUCGGCGACGUCCUCGACCGUGGCGGCGACGAGAUCAAGAUUCUCUACUUCCUGGAGAAGCUCAAGCGCCAGGCUGCGAAGUCCGGCGGCACGGUAGUUACGAUGAACGGGAACCACGAGAUCAUGAACAUUGAUGGUGAUUUUAGGUACGUGACUCAAUCUGGUUUAGAGGAGUUCCGAGUUUGGGCUGAUUGGUAUCGCGUCGGUAAUGCUAUGAAGAGUCUCUGUGAUGGUUUGCCAAAACCGAAGGAUCCGUUUCGUGGCUUGCCUUCGGUUUUUCCUAACGUUAAUCAAGAUAUCAGUGAUAGUAUUAGGGCAAGAAUUGCCGCGCUGAGACCUGAAGGUCCGAUCUCGAGUCGAUUUCUAUCGAAAAAUUUGACUGUUGCUGUCGUCGGAGAGUCCGUGUUUGUUCAUGGAGGGCUUUUGCCGAAGCAUGUUUUUUAUGGAUUAGAUCGAAUUAAUGAAGACGUGAGGGAGUGGAUUUGUGGAUUGAAAGAGAGGGUUUCGUCGGAGUUAGUUAGGGGUAGGAACUCAGUUGUUUGGUUGCGGAAGUUCUCUCACGAAUUGGCUAAAAUGUGCGACUGUUCGACUCUUGAACAUGUCCUCGCGACCAUUCCUGGUGCGAAGAGGAUGAUCAUGGGUCAUACCAUUCAAGAGAGUGGCAUCAAUGGCGUGUGUGACAACAGAGCAAUAAGGAUUGACGUGGGGAUGUCCAAGGGUUGUAUUAAUGGAUUGCCUCAAGUUCUAGAAAUCAUAAAUGGGAAUUCGGAGUUGCGGGUUUUAUCGUCACACCCUUUGCAUCAGAAAACACAUGAAUCUUCUCCUGAAUCCAAAGAGAAAGAGGGGCUUGGUUUUCUGGUCCCUGAACAUUGGCCAAAACAAGUAGAGGUGAAGGCCUAAUUGUUAUCCAGGGAGGAAUUUAACUCAACUUGGUAGUUUUACUUUAAUCUCUUGAGAAAAACUAGCAUAUUAGUAUAUAAGUUUUAGAUUAUCAUUGUGGGUUAACUUUCAUGUGGAAGCAUUAUUCUUUGUAGUCAGUCAUUGAGUCAACAUAUGAUUAAUAGAAUGACUGUUCAGUCACUUGUAAGUUGGACUCACUCUUAACUCCUAUUUGAGGCUUCUCUUGAUUCAUUUCAAAUUAGUAUGAACUGGGUGCAAGAACAACCAGAUAGUUAAAAACAUGAUAAAUGCUUUUAUAUUAUUUGAAAUGAAUUUGACCUCCCUAUUUGCUAUAAACAAGUGAGAUUCAUACAACUUGGUUUUCUGGCAUGAUGCCUCAUCCUUUGCAUGAAUGCCAGAACCUGGAAACUUUCUAUGUUUGAACUCUAAUUAUAAGUGAAACCUUUGAUCUGAUUGAAAGUGAAAUCAUAAUUUGCUCUUUCUUUUUCCCUGUCUUAUCUUUAUCAUGUUAGGGUUGAAAUCACAAGGCCUCAAAUAGGAAACUUCAGAUUCUGUCAAUUGAAUGAAUAAAUUUGCCAUCACGUUCUGUGCUAAAUGCCAAGGUUAUAGGUUUGCAGCUAUGACAGGCAUGCAGGGUCUCAUUUACGUUAAGCUAAUGGUGGAUGCGUAUCUUAACUAGUUGUAAUUUCAAGGAAGUUUAGCAAGACUUGUUUUGUGUCAGGAAAUAAGCAUUUGAGCGUCACAGUCUGUACAUCGCCCUGCAUUUUUGGAACAUGAAAGGACCCAAACUCAGAAUUUCAUGUGUGCAGAUCCAUCAACAUUGGGUUUGUAUUAGUGAAUUAUGCUAUGCGGGCAUAGUAUAAGAAUGUUAAAAGCAACUCAAUUAGUUUAGAUGGACUCUAAACUAUGCUAUGCCCAUUAGAUUAUAUACUUUCCAUAAUUUUCUAUUGAGUUCCCCCUUUUCUAGCAUACAGAUUCAAUGUUCAUAAAAAACUCAGAACUCUCUUUCUUAUUAUAGAGUUUUGUGCAAUGAUUAUGGGUCCAUGUUAGGGGUAACCUUCAUGUUUAUAGUUCCAUAUUGUCAUGUACCUAGGGUUUGGAUUGGAAAUCGAAAGAAUCCAAGGAAUUAGGACCAAUAACAGAAGGAUUGGAGGGAGAAUUGGAUAGAAAUGGGGAAGAUAAUAAAUAGAAAUGAGGGAGAGUUGCAGACAGAGCAGAGAAAGACAAAGAUUAGAGAGAUAGCAGAGGGAAACGGGAGAGAAUUUGAGAGAGAAUUGAUGAGAGGGAAAGUAGAAUUCAAUUAUCAUUCAAAACAUACAAUUCUCUAACUACUGUAGCCUAUUUAUAGGUUUUACCAAGGUACUAACAACUACAAAAUAAGAGUACAACUAAAAGAGAAAUACAUGUAAUUCAUAUUACUAAUCUAUUCUUGGGGUCGUGACAACUUCCCCCUCCUUGAAAGAGUUAUUGUCCCUAAGAACAUACAGUGAUUGGCCACUGUUCUCAUCCAAUCUCAACUUUCUCUCUCUGUUUUAUUCUUCUUUCUUCUUCUAGGCCUCUUCCUUUGCGCUCUUAGGUUCGCACAAGCAAUUUCAGGCAUAAGUUGAUCCAAAACUUCACUAAAAGUAACCUUAUUGAGUUUGAGCCAAAUAUAACUACAUACUGCAAUAGCUAUCCAAUCAAGAUUGGACUCCCAUUUAAGAACAUGAUCAGCCACUCCCUGACUGUCGUAGUUGGCAACUGAAACUUGCAAGUGAUGAUCAGUAUAAAGUUCACACAUCUAACUAGUUACCAUAAGAAAAGCUAGUGAUGGAACACAAUCUUUAUUUACAUAUGUUCCCCUCUUCUCAUCAUCUUCGGUGUUGACUGUUUUGAGCCCAAAGGAUUGCCUAAUGAAAUCCUCAGCUGCAGUAGAAAAAUGUUGAACAGACAGAUUGUCUUCCUCUAGUUUUAGGACCUCAUCAUCAUUGUAAGUAGUUUUCUUAGAGCCAAUAUAAGACGGCUCUGAUCUGGAUUGCCCAAUCAGAACUUCUUUGACUACAUGUGGAGCAACAAAGACUCGAUCCAACCUAGAAUUGCUGUCAGAGGCAUCACCAAUAACAGCUCCAACAUGCUUCAUAACUGGGACAUCUAAUGAAUCAAUGUUGUGUUCUAAAUCUGAUUGGUCCUUAGUUUUCGGUAAGUUCGAAAACUGGUCCGAUAUAGCAUCCGCUUCCUUUAAAUCGGAUGUAGUUGAUAGGAUUCCAUUAAGAGGUUCUGCCUCAACUUCUGAGGAUCUAGUAGCUCUGUUGACCAUUCCGGUUCCUAGUAGAAUCGGGUUCGAUCUCUCAAUUGGAGGAAAAUUAGGAGAAAUUCGUACCGAAUUUUGCCUUGCCAACAUCAUCAUAAAAUGUUGUAUCUGAUUGUUCUGUUUGCUCAUCUCUUCGCGCAUUUGAUCCACUGCGCUAUCCAAUUUCUUCUCUAUCACCGAUUCUAUGGACUCCUCAAUGGUCCCCAUGUGGAUCUGCAUUUCCGUCGCUAUUGUUGUCACUUGUUGCAACUACGUCUCCAUCUUUUUCAUCCUGGUGUCGAUGGCCAUUUGAGUUCAGAUCGUUGUAGUUGUCUAUGAAAUUGCGUCCAAAUUCAUGAUUGGCUGCCCGAGUCCUCUUCAAAUUUGAAAUCGCUGGGGUUGAGGAAUCGGCCUAGAUCGCCUGAACUCGCCUGAUGCAAUCGUUUCCUGUACUUGCCUUGGUUAGUUGCUAUGACUUUGAUUAGCAAUCCUGAAUUUGCCUUUGUCACAAUCGAAAAUUGGCUGGCUUGGCUUUAACGAAUCUGCUAAUAAAAUUCGCCUAGCUUGUUGAAAAUUACGUCCAAGAAUCGUUGGCAGUUCCAAACGUAGUUCUAGUGAUCUUAGCAACACGUUGGGACAAGCAGAGUUCGACGUUUGGGUGUAGAAUCGAUUGAGCGAUGAUUUUAGGAGAUUCCAGCAAAUUCAAGAGUUCCGACAAUUUCAAUUAGCCUCGGUGUUGAUAGGUGAGCACGAUCAGCGAUUCCAACCUGAUCCUGGAGGGUGAUAAUGGCGAAUUAGUGAAACGGAUACAAAGGCGGCUUAAAGAGAUUAGCGUCUUCAAGACUUUGAGCAAGAAUUACUUGCUUACUCGUAUCUGCUGGAGUCACUGAGAUCUGUAACUCAACUGCUUCCGCUACGAAUCACCCAAACUUGCUUCCAAUGAUCGAUUGGCUCUGUUCGAAUUUGGCUUGAUUACUUCAUAAUCGGAUCGAACACUAUUGAAUUUUUGAACUCACAGUCGAGGAACGAUUGCUUUGAUACCAAUUGUCAUGUACCUAGGGUUUAGCCUAGGGUUUGGAUUGGAAAUUGGAAGAAUCCGAGGGAAUUAGGACUAAUAACAGGAGGAUUGGAGGGAGAAUUUGACAAAAACGGGGAAGAUAAUAAACAGAAAUGAGGGAGAGUUGUAGACAAAGCAAAGAAAUUGAGAGAUUAGAGAGAUAGCAUAGAGAAACAAGAGAGAAUUGAUGAGAGGGAAAAUUGAAUUCAAUUAUCAUUCAAAACAUACCAUUCUCUAACUAACUUAGUCUAUUUAUAAGCUUUACCAAGGAAGGUACUGUCACGACCUGACGCAGUGUGUAGCGCGUAUAUAAAUAAAACUCACAAAGAAACCCUUGAAACAAUAAGUUUCAAGUACCCUUGAGAGAACAAACUUCAACAACCAAAGCUAGACUCUUAUCUAGGCGCAAGAAUCGAAUUUGCUUGCUGGAAAAAAUCAAACUGGUUUGCUGGAAUUUAUUGAAUAAAAAAAUUAUUACAACCCUUAGUUUCUAGGUGUAUUUAUAGAGUUUGACUAAUCCAUUUAAUACUUGUAAACAAAAUUCAACUAGAAUCCUAAUAGAAAUAAAAUCCUAAUAAAACAUGAAGUAGAAUCCUAAAACUUAUAAAAUUUCGCUACUAUUCCAACACUAGUGUGUGGGCCAAUUCUUGGUUGCCCGGUUUGGGUCGAGUCAACUUUGGGUUGGGUCUUGAUCGGUGACAACAUCAUUUACCUCACAUUUGAGAAGAAUUCGUCCUCAAAUUAUGAUGCGGGUAUGACAACACAACAUUCGACAAAUCCAAAAAAAGAUCAUCAACAUUAAAGGUUUUGGAAAUACCUAUAUGAUUAGGCAAAUCCACAACAUAAAUAUUGUCAUUGACCUUUUUUGUGAUCUUAUAAGGACAAUACUUCUUUGGCUUGAGCUUGUUAUGCUUUCCGGCUGGAAUCUUUUCCUUCUUCAAGAAUACCAUGACUUCAACUCCAACCUCAAAUACCUUGUUCUUUCUAUGCUUGUCAGUUGUUGCCUUCUACUUCUCAUUCGCUUUGUGCAACUUAUGCUUGACAUAUUCUUGAAUUGCUUGAACUUGCUCGGCUAAGUCGCUAGCUACAACACACAUCCUCCAACUCCCAUAUUUCUUUGGUGUCAAUAAUGUUGGCACUACACAUGGACUCAUACUAGCUUGAAUGUGUCAUUUUCUCAACAAUUCCUCUACCUGCUCCCGCAAAAUCUCAUUGUCCCUAGGACUCAUCUUGUAGUGUGGUAGGUUAGGCAAACUAGCACUAGGAAUCAAAUCAAUGUGGUGUUGAAUAUCCUUCAUAGGAGAUAGUUCAUUAGGUAACUCCUCAGGAACCACAUUAUGAAAUUUCUCCAACAAUCCCUGCACCUCCACUAGAAUUUGAUUCACUUUCACUGGCUCACUCACACUCUCUCCCUUUACAACUAACAGAUGAACCUCUCGGGUAUUCUUACACUCCCUCACAAACUCAAAGUGUUUAUGUGUAAUGGUAAGAAAAUUUCUCCCCUCAACUUUAUAAGCUUUGGUUUGGUUCUUUUCUACUAUAGGUAACAAAGUAUAACACACACCCUCUUUCUUAAGAUGUGUUCCUCCUACCUGAGUGCUUAGCAUCCACAUCAAAUUGCCAAAGUCUCCAUAUGACAAGCAUCCAUAUCAACAAUAUCACAAUAAAUUUUGUCAAAAUACUUACCAAUAGAGAAAGGCACCCUGUAGCAUUCAUCCACACGUAUGCCAUCAACUUCUUUGAUUCAUCCAAUCGUGUAAGGGUUUGGAUGUUUCUUAAGAGUUAGCUGCAACUUCUUCACCACAUCUCUUCCUAUGAUGUUCUCCUGACCUAUGUAACACCUCGCCUCAGGCAUGUUAUUAUGUUGGUUUUUUUUUUUUUUCCCUCACACACAUUUACAAUAGCAUCUCUGUGACAUUCUAAAAUCCUCAACAAACGUACACAAAAUUAACAUUCCCAAUGUAGAACUAAGGAAUGGUAAAUUCAUUCAUAAGUGGAAGCAGAAUUAGAACCUUAAGAAAUCUUGUAUUUGUAACAUACAAUAAACUCCAUACAAACCGAGUCAUAACAUUACAAUAACCAUUAAUGAAAUUAAACAUAAACUAACUGGAUAUCCGGUCCUAGCCUUGGCAUAGGACCCACCACUCAACCUUCUCCAUGCUCAAGCUUCAGCCACCCCCUUGCCUUGCCUUUCUGACCGCUCAUUUCGCCUGGAACGUGGAAUAUUCCAAGAUCAACUAUCCAACAUUAGAAGAUGAAUUUUCUAAGAGAAGGUUAAAACAGCUUUCAUGAAUGAAUGAAUGAUGCAUGGACAAGAAUAAACAAAUGUCCUAGUGUAACUUUCUUGGCAAACUAGCCUGACACGGAACCCUAAGCAAUCAUCCUAGCAAGCACAUGUGGCACGGGAUACUCCUAUAUGUCAACACCUUUGGGGAAUUACGGCUAAACUAUCAGGGCGACACCCCAUCCCAUUCACAAGUAUCUAUAUGCCAACAAUUCCAUGCCAUGUGUAAUAUCAUAACUAUUGAUGCAACAUGCCAUGUACAGAUAUGACAAAAUAUUCAUAAAUUACAUAUGAUUUAGUAACCUUCGUAAAUAUCGUGCAUAAUAUAGACAAUACAUAACGUAUAAGUUUUCGGGGAAAAUCACUCACAUUGAACAAAACUCGGGAUAUCUCAACGUACCCUGACCAUCAUAUUUGUGACAGGCCUCAAUAAUCACACAACUACUCAACUUUGAGCCUCAACGUACCCUGACCAUCAUAUUUAUUCAAAGAAGUAUCAAUUUUUAUUUUUUCAUAAUUUCCUCAUUUUUCCUCUAUUUCCUUCAUAUUUUUUCCCUUGAUAAUUCCAAAAUAAAUACCUCAUCAAAUAUUUUCUCAAAUUUUUCAACACCAUAAUUCAUAAAAUAAUUUCUCAAAAAUAUUAAAAUAAAAUUCAAAAAAUACCUAUGUCUCACGGGCCCUCACUCGCUCUGCGCGUGUACUGCAAGUGAAGAUUGGCAUGUGCACCUCAUGCGUUGGUCGUCUUCUCCGGCUUCGGCCACCGACAUUUGUUGGUUUUUGCUUCUACUUUGCCUUGCACCUCAAGUCGAUCACAAUGGUACCAUCUUAGGCUUGAAACCACUACUGGAAGUGGCUCAACCAGUCGUUUGAAAGCUCGGCCGAGGCUUUUGCCUAGUUUUCCGGUGAUCACCCGAAACCCUAUCAAAUCUACACGAAUGCUCACCAAAAGCUCCAAAGAAACUCUACAAAAUACAAGGAACAAAAACCCCUUAUCCUUAACCCUCGAUUUUCUUUAUAAAGACUUGAAUUUGUGCUCGAACUUAUGAACAAACCCUUGGCCAUCGACCCCUAUUUAUACUCGAUUUCGAGCCUUAAAACGCCAUUUGCUGUCUAAUCCGAGGUCUUUAAUGCCUCAACUUGCCUCAGAUCAACCCAAAACCUUUAUCAUUAGCCCCAAAAAUCGAUUCAUAGAGCUUCGAUUUUCUAGCCAUCUCACGGCCUAAAUUUUGAUCAAAUCAGCCGUCGAUGUGGCUGAUUCCUCACCAUGGGCAGGUCCUGAUGACUCUACCCCUAAUCUUGAACCCUCUGAGCCUUAAUUGGAAACCCCCCAAUGGUCGAAAUCGAUGAUAGCAGAGGUGGCCGAUUCCUCACCACUGCCAAUUUUUUUUUUUUUUUCAAAAUUGCACUUUCACCCCUUCAACUUCAAAAUUACUUUUGGACCUUUCCAAGCAACCCUUUGAGUUUCUGAAAAUUUCACAACGAACCCCUAAAUUUUCUCUUUCACGUUUUAUCCCCUAAGUUUCGUUUUACUGCUUUCGGCCAAGUUUCAUAAAUAACACUUAGGCCCGAAAGUAUGCUUUGAUUGCGAAUCCCUCUUGUUUCAUACUGAAACCACCUCAGGAUUGUUCUUUAUGCCUAACUUGAUUUUUCUCAGGGUUCCGUUGACUUUUCGGAAGUCCCUUGUGACCAUUCGAUUUUUCAGCUUGAACUAUAAUUGUACUAAAAAUAGUCUCUAUUUCGAUUUUUUUUAAUGCCAUAAAUCUUGUCUUGAGAUGCUCAUCAAUCGCAUAUCCUUUUUCGUAGGUAUCUAAGCUCCAGGGCAUUCCCUGUAGCUGAUUUGGUCACCCAUAACUUUGGAAAAUUACUCUAUAACCCCCCAAACUUAUGAAAAUUCCAUUUACGCCCUAAGAUAAGUUACACUUGAGUCCUUUAGAAAUUCUUGAGUAUUACAACUUCCAUUAUCAAUAAUUAGCUUAAAGGUCAUUCCGUUCACCGUACAUCUUGUGCAAAAAAGCUUAUGCUGUUGAGUAAUAUCUUCGUUCUUUUUGAGACAGCAUUAACUUUUUCACUACACAUGUAUACUCUUCAUGCCCAUAUUCUCCUUCAUCGUCCCUUUCAAUAUUAAUAGUCUUUCUUCUUGGACAAUCAUUGUACCUAUGCCCAACCUCAUUGCACUUGAAACACUAUUAAAGAAUAGGUUUUACAUAAAGAUUAGUGGAUUUUGGAAUAUUAGAAGUCGUGCAUCGAGUGUUUCCUCCCGUUGUAGCCUUAUUAGGGUUAACUACAUUAGGUGGGUUGGAAGGUUGCACUUCUUGAACCGACUUGCCUUUAUCAAAAGCUGUUUGUUUAUUGUCAUUCCCACUACACCGACGAUAUUUGUCAUUGCAGGUUUUCUCAUUCAACAUUAACUCAACUUUUAAAGUCAAGUUCCUUGCUUCUGCCACACACAUAACCAUCUAAACUCCAAUUUUAUCACGAAUAAUAGAUUUCAACCCAAUCAAAUAACGAGUUACUUGUUGAUUGUCACUUUCUGACAAUUGGUUUCUCUCCGCCAAUCUCAGAAACUCAAAGAUAUACUCAUUUACACUCCUUAUUCCCUGUUCACAUCUUUGAUAUGCUUCAAACAUGUAUUGUUCAUAGUUAGGGGAUAAAAACCCACCUCUUAAUAGCUGCUUUAUUCGUCUCCAUGUCUGAACUGGAUGUCGGCUUUCCCUCAAUCUAGUCUCUCUCAAUCGUUCCCACAAACAGAUGCGCCUCUCUUCAAUCGAUAGGCCACUAGCUUGACUUGUUUUUUUUUUGGGAUUUCCAUGUAUUCGAAAAAAUGGUCAACCUCAGUGAUCCAAUCCAGGAAUCCCUCAAUAUCAAGAUCUCCACUAAAGGUAGGAAUAUCAACUUUUAGUUUAUACUCAUCGUUUCCCCAAUGGUUGUGCUGCUGCGCAUUCCUCCUAAUCUCUCUAUCACCAUGGUUAGAUAUUACAUGAUCAAGAUCAUCUUCAUCAUCGCUAUCUUCCAUCAUUGGUCUUCUAGGAUUAACAGGGACAAGAUUAAUGGCUGAUCUUCUUGGGUUAACUCCUCUGUCAUGAAUCAUUCAAUUAUUCUAGUUCUUGUUAUCAUCACCUCGUAAUAAAAUACCAAAUUGGUUGCUAAUAUGCUCCAAUUGUUGUUGCAUAUUAUGAGUUAUUUCCCGUUAUUCUUCAAUUGCUCUCCUAACUGUAGGCAAUCCUUGAUCACUAUCGCGAGGUUGGUUGAUACUGCUUUCAAGAUUAGCCAUCUAAUUGGUUGAUUAACUGCUCUGACACCACCUGACGUAGCGUGUAGGGUGUGUGCAAAGAAAACAUACAAAGAAACCAUUGAAACAAUAAGUUUCAAGUACCUUUGAGAGAAUCGAAACGACCAAAGCUGGACUCUCAAUUAGGCGCAAGAAUCGAAAUUGCUUGCUGGAAGAAACCAAACUGGUUUGCUAGAAUUUAUUGAAUAAAAAAAUUGAUUACAAUCUCUUACUUCUAGGUAUAUUUAUAGAAUUUAGUUAUUCCAUUUAACACUUGUAAACAAAAUCUAACUAGAAUCCUAAUAGAAAUAAAAUCCUAAUCAAACAUCAAGUAUAAUUCUAAAAUUUAUGAAGUUUUGCUACUGUUUCGGCGCUACUAUUUGGGCCGAUUCUGGGCUGCCCGAUUUGGGUUGGGUCGACUUUGAGCUAAGUCUUGAUCGGUGACGGUCUUGUUACUGUUUCCACUUUCAUUAGGAAUAUUCUACUGAUCCAAUGCAUAGACAUAAUAAUUCUACCGUCUUGUUACUUGGGAAUAUGCUAUGCUUUGGAUUAUGUCUUUAGGCUACUGUUGCAAUAUUAAGGAAAAAAAUUGGACAUGGUGAUAUGCUACUGCCACCAUUUAGGCCCUGUUGAAUUUUUUUGAAAUUGAAAAAUGCCAUCAUUUAUCAUCUACUGCCUUAUGGUUUAAUCAAUUUAUUCAGUCCUUACUAUUUGGGUAAUGCUUACUUUUUCACGAGGCUAAAAAAAGUCCCAUCAUUUCAUGCCCCUUUCUUCACUAUUUCAUUCUUCUAGUGUUCUGUUUUUGGGUGGUUCUUUAUGACAGUGGCAUAACUAGCAUUUCCUAUCCAUUGCAUUUUGCCCUUUAGCCACUAUGACUUGUUUAUGAGAAGCCAACACGAUCUUAUACUUCCAUUGCUCUGCUUUACCCACUGUUUAUGCUACCAUUGCUGUGCUUAUUUUUUCUUCAUUGCCAAAUGGCAUAAUUUUCAUUUUCUAUGCACUACAAUUAGUGUUCAGGCCAGUAUCAAUUUUUUUGGUAAAAGAAAAGUGACCAUGGUUAUCGAGUCAGUGAUCGGCUCCUUUAGGACAAUAGAGGGCGAACUCAAGGAGAAUUUCGGACUCAUUGAUCUUCCCUAUACAUGGAUCAGCUUGUGUGUAUCACUUGCCAAUUGGGAUGACUUCCCAACAGACUGUCCAAACAACUUGAUUCAGUUCUAACUUCCAAUUACUGGGCUAUUAGGGAAAAAACCUAUAACUGCCCCGUAGAACAUGGAGUAGUCUUAUAGCUGACCUUCUUAGGAUCGACCUAGUUGCGUGCAACCCAGCCCCACUCAGUCAAGAAGCUUCAUAGCUCGCGCAACCACUCUUCUUUGAUCCAAACAAGAUGGGAGUUCUUGCUUAUGUGUAUCAAAGGUGAUCAUCAGAUGGCAUUGCCUACAUUUAUGCUACAAUGGAGUCUCUGGAAUGAUUUUAUCAUUAGGUUGCCUCAUUUAUCGGUUUGAUCCUUUUUUUGGGUGUUCUUGACGUCUGUAUAUAGAUCAAUCAACAUUUGCUAGAACUUGUUUUCCCUUUUGAUUGAAUCUUGUUUUCCACUGCCA